UUUUUUAAAUAGUCUUGUCAAUUGACAAUGACAUUGAGAUCAGUAGUGAGAGUCGUAAAGCAAACAGAAAUUAUCAAUUAAUAUCUAAUAGUCUUUAUUAUUUUAUUAAAAGACAAAGAACAUUAAAAAGUAAAAAUGAGUGGCGCUGUGAGAAAACUACUAGAUUCUUUGAAGAGCAAAGAAUUUAGAGAUUAUUUAAUGAGUACUCAUUUCUGGGGUCCGGUAGCCAAUUGGGGUAUUCCACUAGCAGCCAUCGCAGAUAUUAAAAAAGACCCCAGUUUUAUCAGCGGAAAAAUGACUUUUGCGCUAACACUGUACUCUCUAAUGUUCAUGCGUUUCGCGUGGAAGGUGCAGCCCAGGAAUUUGUUGUUGUUUGCCUGUCACUUCACCAACGAAUGCGCCCAACUGACUCAGGGCGCUAGAUUCAUUAAUUACUAUUACAUAGAAAAUAAGACGAAGAAUGAAAAGUGAUUAAAUAAUUAAAUGAAAACGUGACGAUCAUACCUGGUAUGGUCUUGCCAAUAACUUAGUGGAAUAGACAAUAGUUUUUUUUAAAUAUAUAUAUAUAAAGUUAUAAAUCAGCUGUCAUUCUGCCAAAAUAGUGACACAUUGUUAGUUGUUACAGUUUUUGCACAAAUUGAAAUUGUUUUAUAUAUUUUGUUUUAGUUAAUGUAAGAUGAAAAAAAAAACGUUGAUAAGUGUAUAAUAGCUCAGUUACCAUUUUAAUAUGAUACAUGUUAUCCAUUUUAGAUAAUUGUAUAAUAUAUCAAUCUCUUCCGAUGUAUGUAGCGUGUUGUGUAGUGGAAAAUAAAAUACGAGUAACGAAUCGUACAGUAACUAUAUAGAACUUAUGAUACGUUUCGACGUUUCAAGAUUUUUUAAAUUAUUUUGGUCCAUUCUUCCUCACAUGAGUCGCAAAAUUGGAGUUGGUGAUGAUAAAUAUAUUUUGCUCCAAUUUUUUGUCAGGAUACUUUAAAUUGUUAAAGAAAUAAUAAAAGCUUUUUUAACAGCGCUUUAAGCAGCUGGAAGUGACAAACACUUAGACGUGACGCAGCAUGUAUGCCAAGAAUUGUCGAAUUUCGAACAUUAGCAAUUUAGCUAAACAUAUUUUAAAAAUACAAAAUAUAUUAAAUGUUAUAUAAGUUAAAGAUAUUUUCCGAAUUAAUGUUAUGUUUAUUUCGAAAUAAUAUUAUUUUGUUUUUAUGUGGGUGGAUUUUACAACCCACGUAGUUAGAAUACUUCUAUAUAAAUGGGCUUGAAUAAUUUGUGUUACUUAAUGUGCCUAUCUGUCACUGUUGUUCGAUAUUUGAAUUCGAUUCGUUUAAACUUUAAACUGAUUGUAGUUACUCGGGAUGUGUACAAACUAUAUAUUUUUUGAAUAUUUAUUGUAAUUAAAUUUAUUACACCGAUUAUAUUCUCUUGUUGAUA